CCCGCCUCCUGCCACGUCCGUGCGGCGCUUGCGGCGGAGCCGGCGCGCGCGGCCUCGUGCGCGGAACCCCUGCUGCAGCCAUGAUGCCCGUGGCAGCUGUGAUGCCUGAUGACACACCCAUGUUUGACCCAAACCUUCUGCAUGAACUCGACUGGAGUGAGAACACCACGACGUUUUCUCCUGCCAUUUCUCCCUUGGAUCCAGGAGAUGGCCUCGUUUUGAGGCCACUUUGCUCGGCCGAUAUAAACCGAGGCUUUUUUAAGGUUCUGGGUCAGCUGACUGAAACUGGAGUUGUGAGCCCGGAGCAGUUUAUCAAAACCUUUGAGCACAUGAAGAGAUCCGGGGAUUACUACGUGACCGUGGUGGAAGACACCAAUCUCGGGCAGAUCGUUGCCACGGCAACGCUGGUGAUCGAGCACAAGUUCACUCACUCCUGUGCAAAGAGAGGAAGGAUAGAAGAUGUCGUGGUGAGCAGGGAGUGCAGAGGGAAGCAGCUUGGGAAACUAUUAACAUCCACCCUGACCUUGCUAAGUAAGAGACUGAACUGUUACAAAAUCACACUUGAGUGUCUGCCCAAAAAUGUGGAUUUCUACAAGAAGUUUGGCUACUCAGUCUCUGAAGAAAACUACAUGUUUCAACGGUUCUUUAAUUAGGAACUUCUAGUCUUUGUUUUGUUUGGGUUUUUUUUUAAAGACUGUUGGUGGAGGAGCUUGUGCUACAGAACAUUCUCUUCGUGGAAAAUUUAUAUAGUUUAUUGCUGCAAAUAUAACAAUCCCUAUAAAUAAUGAUCAUCCAAUGUGUAAAUCCUGCAAAAAAAAAGAAUUAUUGACACAUUAGAAGGGUCCUUUGGGUUAGGAAAUGAGCUCUUAGAACUAAUUUUUACUACUGUUCAGUCUAAGUGAAGCUUUUUUGUUCUAGCUGAGUGACAAAGGACUUGUUAAAGGGAUGGUUUUUAACCAAAGGUAUAUAUUUUUAUCUCAAAUGUUUUCUUGCAUUGUAUUUUUCUAAAGGCUUGUGCUUCUUUUCAUGGUAGCCAAAGUACAGCUGGUGGGAUUGUGCUCCUGUCUGUACUUCCAGGAUGGAUGAUGGAGCUCGGGUAGGGAUGAUGCUUCUCUGAUGCAGAACAGGCAUUUGUUGGUCUUCCCUUGAAACCUCACUGAGUCUUGUCAGUGUUUGUGUACCUGAAGUUUUAUAGGCACUAUUUUCCAAAACCAAAUUUGUUCCUGUUUGGUGGAGAGAGGGGAGAACCCAUAGGGGCUGUGCUAAAGCUGUUCCAAGUCUAAAAAAAAAAAUGGAUGUGUACUUCUCACUGCAGGGCUCCUGCACUUUAGCUGAUUACUUACUUUGUUUUCAGGAUAAUGACUUGUUUUCUGACACACAGAAAAACAAUCUGAUGGUUUGUGACAGGGCAAAGGUAACCAGGGCUGACAGAGAAUACCCCCCCUGUUGGGAAUGGGGCUCUGGCUCAAGGGGAAUGUGGUUUGGGAUUGGCACGUGCCACCUGGCCAGCUCACUGGAACUAGAACUCCUGAGGACCAGGUGGUUUUUUGCUGGGAACAGCUUCUGCCUCCAGCACAGCAAAGCAGCAGAGGGAUCCCCCUUCCUGUUCCCCAGGGAUUGUUGCUGCUUUGGAGCAUCCCUCUGGCUAGAAGAUGGGAGGAAUGAUUUCAGCACUUUCGCCAGCCGUGGCAAGCACAGGACAUCCACAGCAGGGGUUCCAGCAGUGGGGUGUUGUGCAGAGGGGGUGACACCCCCCAGCUGUGAACGGGGCAUUAUGGACACCUGAGGGUUGGCACAGAGCAGCCCCUGCUUUGGGAACACUUGGGCCUUACACAACCUUCUUCCCUUGUGGCAUGGAGAGCUACUCUAAGCUGUGGUCGAGGUUCUGUUUCAUGUUCCUGAUGGUACUCCACUCGAUGUAGUGUUUCCUUGGUGAUGUCUAGUUUAUUUAUUGAUUAUUUUUAUUUUUUUUUAAUCUUUAAGCUGAAUAAAUGAAGACUGCCAAAUGGA